AUGAGCGGGUGGGUUCAGUCAAGGUUACGUACUAGUAGACAGACACUUAAACUCGGUAAGUACUACUGUGACAUGUAGUAAACAAGCAGAUAUGUUCAUUGUGUCAGUGAUCCCAUAAAGCUGUGUAGCGUCAAGCAGACUCCAGUCAGCCACCGGGAUUUCAAAACAAGAGCACGACAAGUGCCGUUGCCGGCUCAACGCCAAUGCUAUUCUGGCAGUCGGACAAAUCGCAAACCGCUUCACUUGUCCACUGUCAGACGGCAUUUAAAAUGGACAAUGGAGCGUGUCUUCUUUUCUUUAAAACUUUGACAGGUAAUUGCUAACAUGGCUCUGCAAGAGAAAGCCAGCAUCGCGCGGCGUCUUGGAACCAAGGCGAAGGAGAGAAACGGCUAUUACUUUUGGGAAUAACUGUUUUAAACCGGGAGGAGUCAGGAUGGUGAAAGACGAGCGUCGGCUGAGCGAGCGCGGCUCUCUUCCUCCGAGCAGCAAGAACGCCAAAGAUAAGAGCAACAGUUCGACUCUGAGGGCGAUGCGCCAGGCCGAGGACUUGGAGGACCGCAGCGAACGUGGCUCCCGCUGCAGCUCAGAAAAAGACUCUGGCUACUCUGACAAUGGCUCAGACUGGCAGCAGACGAAUGCGGAGGAUCAGCAGAGCAGUAAAAGUCAACCCAGAGGGGGGGCUGAGGUGCCGCCGUCCCGUCAAAGCCAAAAUGCUGGGCAAGGAAAAGCUGGGAAAGGUAAACGGACGCCAAGAGGCCAGCCAAACCAGCCAGUCUACAUCAUUAACAACAUAGUCUUUAAGCAGGCAGAAACCAUCCAGACAAAUGGGCAGCUGCUCUGGAGGAAUGGUCUCAGUGAGGCGGCAGGCUCUGGUGGCCCCCCAAUGGGGCUUUUCCAGCAGCCCAGCCUGAUGCCGACUGCCUUCCAGCUCCUCAAGCCCUCGUCUCGGAAGAGCAACCACACGACAGGGAAGAAAGUCACCACCACCACCUACUUGCCCAUUCUCAACUCCUACCCCCGCAUUGCACCUCACCCGAGCAAGAAGCCGCCAGAUAAGUCCUUGUUGACCGACGAGGCACAUAAUUUGAGGAAGAGGGUAUGCACAGAAUGCAAGGAACAUCUCAAACCUGCGACCAGGAGUCAGGAGCCAGCCACCUUGGAGCAGCCAUGUCCAUCUUCAGCCUCCUCUUGCGGCACCCCUCCUUGUUCUGUAUCCUCCAGUCCCUCCGCCCCAACCAGCGAGGUGCCUCAGAUAAGCGGCGCGGGCAGCACAAGCCACCACCGCUUCCUCAACACCGUGGAGGCCCUGCAUCAGUCAGGCUUGCUGGACAUCACGCUGCGCACCAAAGAGCUGCUGCACCAGAGCAACGCCACCGAGCGGGAGAUCGCCCAGCUGCGUCAGCACACCGAGCUGCUCUGCCAAGCCGCCGGUCGCAGCCUCAGCGGCGCCGUCGCCACCUGGCAGAGCGUGCACAGGACCAUGACUGAGUCCAGAUACUACCCAGGCCUGAAAAAGCUGCAACAUUUACAGUCACAGUCUUAUGCGGUUCCAGAGAGUGUUGCAGAAGAUGGUGUGAACAUGGUGAUGAUACCAAGACAGAACUGUGAUGUGAGCCAACAGUCUCACACAGAACCACGCAGGGAGCUUGUUGCCUUUAUACCUCCAGAUAGUUCUACUGGUUAAGUGUGACGUGCUGUGCCUUAGAAGGAAGAGCGGCACUCAGGUCCAACCAGGCGUUUUUUUGUGGAUGAUGUGUGUGGUGUUUUAUCAAUGGAUAGCCAACAAUGACUUUACAUUUUGAAGAAGAGCUUCGCUAUCAAACCUGCUUUUCUUUCUUUGCUUAAAUCUGUGAAUUCAUUGAAAUUUACCACCAUGGUUGACCAUCACGGUCCUUCAGUGCACUGGGUAUACAGUGGUGUGAAAAAGUGUUUGCCCCCUUCCUGAUUUCUUUUUUUUUUUUUUUUUUUUGCAUGUUUG